UGAUCAAUGAAUUCUGCAUAGUAAAAUAAAUAAAUAUGUCGUCUGUUUCAGUAUUUUGUUGUUUAAAAGGAUGUUUAGAUAAUUUUACGUUUCAUCCGACAGUGCCUCACAUACCAAGAGACAAUCCAAUUCAGUUGGACACAGCUUUUAUGGGAUAUGAAGUAGUUGUUGUAAAAGGUGGUUUGCGACUCUGUGGUUCGGGAGCAGUCUUAGGAAAUGCUCCUUUGGUUCAAUCAAAAUCAUAUUUCGAAGUUAAGGUUCAGCAAAACGGUACAUGGGCGGUAGGUCUUGCUACUAGACAAACUGAUGUCAGUUUGACACAAGGCGGUCAAGAUGAAUUUUCUUGGGCUCUAGGUAGUGACCAUAUAAUUCGCCACAAAAAACAAGAACUACAUAAAAUAAGCAGCAUUGGGUCUCCUGAUGAAGGAAUAAAACAAAUCAUAGAGGGUGAUAUAAUAGGAGUGGCAUUUGACCAUCUUCAGUUAAAGUUCUUUAUCAAUGGAAAGGAAGUGGACUAUGCAGUUAGUAAUAUUAAGGGAACUGUUUACCCAGCUUUAUAUGUUGAUGAUGGAGCUAUAUUGGACAUAAUUUUGGACAACUUUAACCAUCCACCUCCUUCUGGGUUUGAUAAGAUUAUGCUAGAACAAUCACUUCUUUAAUAUACACAUUUUUUAGUUAAGAUCUAUACGUAAAAUGAACAAAUUUUAUUUAUUUUAUAAAAAUAGCUUUAUUUUUUAUAUAAGUAUUUAAAGACUAUUGUUGUAGUAUUCUGAAUGCAAAAAGUAUAUUCUAGUUUUUAUUAUUACAAUGACAUCACAAUUACAAAAUAAGACUCUAUUAAAAUUGAAACACAUCUCAAAAAUACUGAUUUUAAAGUAUUUAA